AUGGCAACUCAUAAUAUCGUCGUCUUUGCUGGCGACCAUUGCGGUCCCGAGGUUGUGAAAGAAGCUGUUAAGAUUCUCAAGGUCGUUGAGGCUGCUCGGCCGGGUGCUGGAACUUUCAAUUUCCAAGAACAUUUGCUCGGCGGCGCUUCAAUUGAUGCCACCGGCGAGCCCCUCACUUCCGAAGCCCUCGACGCUGCUAAAGCCGCAGAUGCUGUCCUGCUCGGUGCAAUUGGUGGUCCGAAAUGGGGGACGGGGAAGGUACGACCGGAACAAGGCCUCCUCGCACUCCGAAAGAAUAUGGGCACAUUUGGCAACCUACGGCCUUGUAAUUUUGCUUCCGAAUCCCUCGUUGAUAUCUCGCCGCUGAGGGCUGAGGUAUGUCGCGGUACGGAUUUCAAUAUCAUUCGGGAACUUACUGGGGGUAUUUAUUUUGGCGACCGGAAAGAGGAUGAUGGUGAUGGAAUCGCGUGGGAUGUGGAACCUUAUUCUCGCCCGGAAAUCGAGCGUAUCACAAGGCUUGGUGCUCAUUUGGCUCUGCAGCAUGAUCCCCCUCUGCCAGUAUGGAGUUUGGACAAGGCGAACGUUCUCGCUACGAGCAGAUUAUGGCGGAAAGUCGUCACUGAGGUUAUGGCCAAUGAGUUCCCGCAAUUGAAAAUCGGCCAUCAUUUGAUUGAUAGCGCUGCUAUGCUCAUGGUGAAGAACCCACGAGCGCUUAACGGGAUUGUGGUUACGAGCAAUUUAUUUGGGGAUAUCAUCAGUGAUGAGGCGAGCGUCAUUCCUGGAAGCAUUGGUCUGCUUCCUAGUGCAAGUUUAAGCGGUAUUCCGGAUGGAAAGAGCAAGUGCAAUGGUAUCUAUGAGCCAAUUCACGGAUCUGCACCUGACAUCUCGGGUCAAGGACUCGUCAAUCCGGUAGGAACGAUCCUGUCUGUGGCCAUGAUGCUGAACUACUCGCUUCACCUGCCCGCCGAAUCCAAGGCUGUAGAGGAGGCAGUCCGAAGAACGAUUGAGAAGGGGAUUCGGACGAAGGAUAUUGGUGGCACUUCGAGCACCUCGGAGGUUGGUGAUGCGGUUGCAGAGGAGUUGAAGAAAGUUCUCAGUGAGCUCAAGUAA